CGCAUUGCCAAAAGAAGCAGCUUACAUCAUGGGUCGCUGUAGCGUUCCCACACAUCUUGCUCCUAAUUACUGUCCUGCUGGACAGCUGAGCUGUUUCAAACAGGAAGCUGUUUAUAGAUAACGCUUGCAACUGUUGGGUCUGAUUUGCUGGAUGCCGAAGAGCAGGAGACGAGUUCGCUUCAAAUUAAAAACUAUCAGGCUUUUGUAAAUAGUAGCAAUGAGGUUCAUCUGCACAGUGUCCCUCCAGGCAGAGCUUGUGCCACGGUGCCUGUUUUCUCAGCGACUGUAAGGAGUAAGGGACAAGCUCAUUAUGAAGAGUGAUCUGGUUUUCUUUGUCUCUGUAAUUAGCCUUGCCUUCCUGUCUCUGCCAAGAUCUGGAUAUGCUCAGCAUAUUGCAGAAGAAUCCUGCUCUGUUCAGAUUCUGGUUCCAGGCCUAAAAGGGGAUGCUGGAGAAAAGGGGGAGAAAGGUGCCCCGGGCCGCCCAGGACGAGUUGGACCUCCAGGAGAAAAAGGAGAAACAGGGGACAAAGGACAAAAGGGGAGCAUAGGGAGACAUGGAAAAAUUGGCCCCAUUGGUUCAAAAGGAGAAAAAGGAGAUAAUGGAGAUGCAGGCCCACCUGGUCCUAAUGGAGAUCCAGGCAUUCCUUGUGAAUGUGGCCAGCUACGAACAGCCAUUGGUAAAAUGGAUAACCAAGUGACCUUGCUGACGACCGAGUUGAAGUUCAUUAAAAAAGCACUGCCCUCCCCCGCAGCUGUUGCUGGUGUGCGUGAGACAGAUAAUAAGACUUACUUGCUGGUGAAAGAAGAGAAGAGGUACAUGGACGCCCAGCUCUACUGCCAAGGAAGGGGAGGAACGCUGAGCAUGCCCAAGGAUGAAAACACUAAUAGCCUAAUUGCUGCUUACAUCAAUCAAGCUGGCCUCAGCCGAGUUUUCAUUGGCAUUAACGACCUAGAGAAAGAGGGCCAUUUUGUUUACUCCGACCGGUCCCCAAUGCAGACCUUCAACAAAUGGAGCAACGGAGAGCCAAAUAAUGCUUAUGAUGAGGAGGACUGUGUAGAAAUGAUAGCCUCUGGGGGAUGGAAUGAUGUCGCCUGUCAUAUUACAAUGAAUUUUGUUUGUGAAUUUGACAAAGAAAAUGUGUAGAAAUAUGAUUCCCACUCCCCACUCCCAGCUCAAUUUUUGAAUGAAGCUUUGUGUGCAGGUUAGGCUGUGUGUCUGCACUAUAGGUUUUUUUAUGUACCUGAAUAAGUUGGUGCAGUCCACAUAUCCUGAACUGCUAUCUGUUUAUGGGGUUUUGUGUGUGUGUGCACGUAACACUAAGCUAUGGUUGGUUUUAACCAUGAUUUAUUUAAUAACCCAUGAGUUGUCUCAGUUUCUUGUGUUUCUCCAAAGCUUGGCUUGUUUCCCAGCCACCCCUGCCUUGUGAUUUGUAGCUUGAUGAGCAUUUGGGGUGGGGUACCGAAGCAACCAUGCUUAAGCAAGGCUUUCACAUAAAGCAAACCAUAGUUAAAAUAAGUCAUGGGUUCGCAAGCGUAUCAUGUUUGUUGGCAGAAAAUAAACCAGGGUUUGUUUGCUGGGUUGGGUUCACCCAUUCAAACAAAUUUAUUUAGGCUAAACAAACCAUGGUUUAGCAAUAUGUGCAAAUCAGCCUUUAUUUGAAAGUUAGUACCCUUGUUGAUGAGGUACUAAUCUUUCAACAAGCUUCAUAUUAGUCUGGACAAAUAUCCCAGAACACCCUCACCUCUGCCAGCGUCUCAAAGUUCUUCUAUCACUAAAAAAGCAACAUGAUAUUUUUAUGUGUUUAGUUUGGGUUAUGUGGAUAUCUAUCCUGCAAAAAAUCCUCAUAUCUGAUCUGUGUGUGUGUGUGUGUGUGUGUGUGUGUGAGAGAGAGAGAGAGAGAGAGAGAGAGAGAGAGAGAGAGAGAGCAUACACAUUCCAAGAUCAAGACAUGGCAUAUGUCAAGCUUCCCAUUCCAUUUGUGUGUGUGUGUGUGUUCAUAGCAUGGGUUUUCUUCACCCAUAUUCAACACAGCUUUUUUUUUUUAAAGUCCUGUUUCAUGUAUUAUCUUUGCAGUGCUCCCUCCCCUCUGUCAUGCAGGCGCCCUCAUGUAUGAAGUGGAAAUUCACAGCACAUGCUUCCGUUUCUUCCACAAAAAAGGAAUUCGAAUACAGUUUGCUUGUUUUAGCCAUAAGGAUAGUUACCUUGUGGAAGGAAUAGGGGUGUGCCCACUUCUAUACCAUGCAAUGAGGAAUGCCUCCAAGCAAAGCCUUUCACUGAAAUGAUGAGACUCAUUCAUUUCAACAGGGCUUGCACAGGAAAUCUUCCUAACAGAUUAAAGAACAGCACACCGUCCUGGAUAGUAGUAGGCACAUGUGAACAUGAAAUAUGUUAAGAAUAGGACACAGGAAUUAAUGAAGGACAAACUUCAACAUUAAGAUCUAUAACACAGGGUGCUGGUGUCAAUCAACUCCAAGACCUACCCUAGUUACUUUUGUUGAUAAAGUAUUAUAGUGGUAUUUUUAGAAGUAUAUUAUAUUCGUAUUGUACAGCUGUAAAUAUAUUCUAGGUAUUUCAAAUAUCAAUAUUCACCCUUCAGAAGGGAAUAGCAGAGUUAACAGACACAUGGUUUAAAGAAACAUGGCUGUAAUCCAACACAGAAUUAAGCAUAGUUAAACCACUUGAAAUCAGUGGGCUUAAACUCAGUUCUGCGCAAGAUCGUGACCUAUAGGUCUUUAGGCAGAAAAUAUCCAUCAAAUCGUUUGUUGAGAUUAAUGGAGAUCUACAACGAAAGUGGAAGGUAUAAAUGUAGAUUUUAGGAAGUUAUUUUUGAAGACCUAUAGCCAUCAUUUCUAUCUUUUAAAAAGCCCACCCUUCUAUUGCUCACAUUAAGUCCUGUGCUGGUUCAUAAUGAUAAAAUGUAAACUUUAUCUUUUAUCACUUUCUGAAUCCUAAUGAACUAGUUCCUUAGCUCUUCCAUUACACAGUUGCUAAAGUGGGAAUACAGCACGGAAGUAAACCAGUUCAACUCUUUAUGCAGUGUUUAAUAGAUUAUAAAUUGAGUAUUGCAAAAUUAUUUACAGAAAACAUGAAUAUUACAUUUUCCUUAUGUACCCUUUGGCACAGAGUGAAUCUGAGCAUUGUGGCUUGAUGGCCAGAAUAAUUUAGCAAAAUUAAUCAAGUCCCAGUCUGUUGCAGUUUAAAGCAACCUCAGUAGCCAUAAUCCCACUCUGAAUUACACAUUAAUCAGGUUGUUCCAUUAAAUCAGGAGCACAUUUUGCACAGAACUGCAUCCUAGAUAGUUGCCAUGAUUGUGUUUAGAUAUUUGCAGGCUAUUGCUGUUUUCUU